GCUUGACGCUGCGGCUUGGUGGUCUGUGAAUGCAUGGUUUCCAUCCAUAAAUCCCGACUUGUAGCGGGUAACUGUCUAAAGAAGGAGCUUUCGGACUGUAAAGCUACUAUUAUUUUUUAGUAAUUUUUUUAAAAUUAGCACGGAAAUGGGCGUGGUCGUGGAAACAAUAUCCCCCGGCGACGGACGAACAUUUCCAAAGAAAGGCCAAACAUGCGUGGUUCAUUACAUAGGUAUGCUACAGAACGGAAAAAAGUUCGACUCGUCCCGAGACAGGAACAAACCCUUUAAGUUCAAGAUCGGACGGAUGGAGGUCAUCAAAGGCUGGGAGGAAGGAGUUGCACAGAUGAGCCUCGGCCAAAGAGCUAAAAUCACCUGCACACCUGACAUGGCGUACGGCGCCACCGGCCAUCCCGGGGUCAUCCCGCCGAACGCCACCCUUGUUUUUGACGUGGAGCUGCUCAAGCUGGAGUGAAAAACGCUGAAGGUCGAUACGGAGGCUGGUUGCCGCCUCCCACGUCUCACCUCCUUGAGUUUGAUUUGUACAAACUCGGCGUUUACGUGUGAAUUUGUGCUGCUUUGUUGCCAUCCCGUCCUCAGAAGUUCUGCUAAAGAAAUCAUAAACUUUGACGCCAUUUUUAUUAUUUCUUCAUCCAAUCGAAACAAACUGCCUUAUAAAAUGGAGGGUUCACGUGUUCCAGAUUCACCCUUUCUGCUCUGCAUACGGCCCUGGGCAUUAUCUACCACUGUCUGCAUCGUCACUUUGAAGAAGUCCUGCUGAAAGCUCUGAACGAUCUCUAGUUUGUUUUAUAAAGUUUCUGCACAUUUGCGGCGAGCGAUCAACUUCAACCCAAUACUGUACAGCACUCGAGCCGAUACGACCAACUCCUGAAUUAAAGGUGUACUGUGUUGAGAA